AUGGUGCUGCCCUACAAAUCCAACACCACGGCAACCUUGACCCAUCCGACGGCAUUAUCACCACCACCUGCACCGGCAAGUCCAAAGCUGAAGCUUGAGAAAACGCAUGUGCGACUACGAAGCGACUCGGCACUCUCAAUGCAUACCACCAAGUCCUCGUUCCGUCAGUACUCAGACAGCAGGUCGGAAAGUCCGAUGAAUUCACCUUGGUACUGGAAGAAGCAGAAGGAUGUUGAUGCCGUAAGCACCAUCGAUACCAUCUCCUUGGGGGGCACUACGAGUGUGGCCUCGAGUGAAUACGCACAAUCCGUUGGGUCACUUCCCAAUUUGUUUGAUCGUACGGUGAUCAAAAUCGCCUUUUCGGACCCGGAGGUAGGAAGAAAGUUGCGCGACUUUGCCAAACUUAGGAACUAUUCUGUGGACUUGGGGCUCAUGUUAGAGACGGAGCAGUACACCGGCGCACUUGACACCCUAAGAAGCCUGAUCAAUCAUAUCACAACUUACUUGGAAGUUCCGGCAAGAUCUGCCAUAGAACCUGCUUACACAUAUCCACUUGCUUUCAAGACAAAUACUAAGCAGUGUGCUCGGACUGCAUUGCCGUCGUUGGAAAGGUUGUACCGAGAAGCCAAGGUCGCAGCUGAAGAACGGCUCGUCAAUGACCUCUAUCCCGAGUUCGUCAAGUCUCAGCUCGCCAACCGUCUGAAAACUUCUUUAUCCGUCACUCAGCCCUCCUCCUCCAGCCCAUUCAAGUCCACGUACCCUGGCCUUGGCAAUGCCUUCUGUCUUACCGACUCUUGGAAGCCAGAUAACCCUAUAGUCUAUGCCUCUGAAGGGUUCCUGAGAAUGUUUGGCUUUGAGAGACACGAGAUUCUCCAACAGAAUUGCAGGUUUCUGCAAGGCAACUCCACCAACGGCGACGCAGUACGUCGAACGCGGAAUGCGAUCUUUAUGGGAAGAGAACACACUGAGUUGAUUGUCAACUAUCGCAAAGAUGGAACUCCGUUCUGGAACUUCUUAUUCAUCUGUCCUCUAGUUGAAGACGGUAUCGUGCGCUACUGUCUCGGUGGUCAGAUCAACAUAUCGAAGGGCAUGGGCACAAGUCACCAGGAGAUCAUGGACCUUCUCAACUUUGAUACACCCACAGAGGAGAACUCUUUACCCAGCACAUCCACAGAAUCUUACAUUGGUUCAGCUCAGCGACCUGCCAUACACAUCCAAGACUCGUGUCCCCCGGGCGAGAACUCACCGGUCACACCUCGACGAUCACACCGACAGCGUCUUUUUGAUCGCUUCCGUCCCAGAAAGAACGUACUUGACACCAGCCAUGCAGAGCGCCAGCCAGAUGACCCGACCAUUCUCAUGAAUGCCAGGAAGUCACCAUCGCCCUCGCCCAUGGACGGUUACAUGGAAAACUGGGGGAUCUCGAAUCCUUUCCACGACCAUUACCAAGUUGAACCCGAACCACCCAAACCCACGCCAACAAGCACACCUUACUCAUGCUUCUUCGUGAUGCGCUACGUCCCUUCGCCCUCAACCUCCUUUCACAUCUUUCCCCAUCAGACCAACGACAAGCGCCACUCCCGAUUGCCACACCUCCCAGUCGCCUUCUGCUCCACCGAAGCCCUUGGCUUCCUCGGCCUAAGGGGCCACGAUUCGUCCAUCGUCCAAUCCAGGUCCAUCUUCUCGCUCCUUGUAUGUGCCACGAGCUCGACCGACUUGAUAGAAAAGACCUUCCGAUCUACCGUCCUCGAAAGCGUGGCGGCGGGCGAGUCCAUCUCACUUGAAAUAUCAACGCUUGCUCAUGAUCCCGCCCUAUCCACCACUAUCCCUUCUCCUUCAAGAGAUACCAAAGCCGCAGACAAACCCCCCUCCCUCUUCUCCUCAGCCCGUGCGCGCAGCCGUAGUAACGUCGGCCGUGAAGGAAGGACAGCAGCAACACGAGACGGGGCCUUGUCAGCAGCAAGCUCGGAUUAUCGGCCGUCUAGCUCUAGGGUGUUCAGUGAUAAAUUGAAGGAGCACGGGGCCGUUGAGAAACUCGGGAACAUGUUUGCCUUUCGAGGACUCGGUGGAGGCGGUGGCGGAGGUAAAGAUGCUGCAUCAGCAUCAAAAGUGGAAGAACAGGGGGACAAGGGACACUGGGGACAGGGACAGGAACAGCAGACGAAGGGUAGGAGGUUGGUUAGUCACUGGACGGCUUUGAAGGAUGGCGAGGGAAAGGUGGCUUGGGUGGUGCUAAUUUUGACCCCUGCUACUGCUGCUGCUGCGUCUUCUGCUUGA